AUGGCAGAACACAGCAAGAAACUCCGACGACCGCCGAAGCGUCACAGGAAACAUGCCCAAAAGCCAAAGCGCACCAGCACGGAAGUCGCUGCCGCGGUCGCAAAGAAGAAGGAGAAGCGCCUCAGCACCGCAUCCGCCGUAUCAGCUGCAUCCUCGAUAAUGACGGCGGGCAAUUGCACGGACGCCGACAAGCUGUACGCCUGGCUGGGGCGCAAGACGGGCGUGACGUACGAGAGCCAUACGUCGUCGCAGGCGCAGCUGAAGCGGGAGAAGCAGGAGCGAUACGAGCAAAAGGGAGAGCUGAUCCGCCAGGUCGAGCAGCUCCGGGCGUCGGACGACCAGGACGAGCGCGCCAGGAUCGGGGAUGACCUGGUGGAGAGGAUCGCGCGGCUCGUCGACGGGGCCGUCGCCUCGUCGGCCAGGGAGGCGGCGCGGACGCUGUCGGUGCUGGACGGCGUCAAGGCAUUCCGGCGAGACCGCCACCAGUACAAGAGGAUGCUGCAGAGGAACCUGGAGCUCGAGUCGAGGAUGAACUACAUGGAGCAGGGGCUCAGGGCCGGCGGCGGCGACGAUGAUUCGGACCUCGCCGGGCGUGGCCGCGCCGGGUCCGACAGGCCCGGUUCCGUAGACAGGCAGCUCAUGCACGUCAACCUCAAGAGCCUCAGGAGGGUGAGCGAGGCCGAGGACGGUUACCUGGCCGUCUACAGCCAGGGAUACGAGGAGGGGUACAAGGGCGGUAUGGAGGACGGCACCGCCAAGGCGGACAGGGAGAUGGAGCGCAGAGAGAGGGUGGCCAGGAUCCUCGGUCCGAAGGAUAGGGGCACGCAGACAGACCGGCCCCGGCCCCGGCCCCCCACGGCUCCGCCCGCCUCUCGGCCCUCGCGAGAGAGUCACGUGUCUUCUCCUUCCGACCGGAUGUCCGACCCCGAACUCGAGGUCAGACCACUGAGUCUACGAUCCUCUACAGGACGGGACCCGGCCACAGGAGCCUCUGGCACCGACGACAUCAACGACGGUAUGAGCGACCUGGGCCACGGUGCGCUCCUCACACCCAUCGGGCCCCCUCCCGCUAUGGAUGUUGAUGUCCGCAGCAGCCGCCGCCGCCGUGGUGAACCCCAGGAGUUUCCCGAGCCUCCGUCGCCGCAGGACACGGUGCCAUCGCCUCCCUGGGAUGACUCUGAUGAGGGGGACAGAGAUGCGCUGCACUCUAGUACCACCAUCACGAAUGGCCAUCCAACUGCUUACGGCGCACAAGGCUACAGCAACAGCAACAGCAACAACGAGGAAGAUGGGGAGGGGGAGGGUGGCUCUUGCGACCCGUCCAUCGACGUUGUAACAGCUGGAGCAGUUGGGGCUGGAUGCGUGGGGAAGUUCUGGGAAUGCGACACUGUCGUCGUCGUCGUCGGCUUGGAGGUUUACCGAGGUAUUGCAUGUGGACAUUUCGGGUUGGAGGUUGCCAGAAGUGGAUGUCGGUGA